AUGACCACGGCUAUUCAGCGGCCUGCGUCAGAGUCUAUAAGUGAUUCAUCAGAUUAUUAUUCUUAUAGUACAACUAUUAGUACCAAAAACUCAAUUACCAGCGAAAAUAAGCAAUCAGAAUCUGUAUCUUCGUCAACUACAGAACAACAUUCAGAAGCUAAAGCAGAAACUAAAAGUCCUAAAGAACUUAUUCAAGAUGGAACAUUUUUCACAGUAUACAAAGAUAUAAAUCAAAUAAAAACCGUUUUAAAGGAGAACGAGCUUACUUAUGAUGAAUCCAUUAAGAUCCUUGACCAAUUAAAAACGGUUCAGAUCCCUGAUAACCAAGAUUCUAAGAUAUUAAAAGUAUAUAAAUUCAAAAUUUUUAAAUAUCUGAAAAUUAAGUUCGACAACAAACUUGUUAACAUUCACGAAUUCAUUAAAAAGGCGAAUACCGUACUAGAACUCUCCGUAUUAGCAUCAAUGGAGCAAUUUCUAACAAAUUUACAAAAUGAUCAAUGCGAUCUUAGAUUAGGAGCAACUCCAGAGCAAGCCGCAGAGAUUCAGAGGCUCAGAAAUCUCAUUGACCAGAAGAAAGCUGAAAUUAGGCAAACAAACAAAAAUAUCCAAAAUUUAAGUACCGAAAAGCCUCAGAUUGAGUUAGAAGGCGAAACUGCAGAGAAACAGAUCAAUGAUAUACAAAACGAUAUCAAUACUUUCAAAUCAGGACAUCAAAAAAUUUUUGAAUUAGAAGAAUUUGAUGACGGAAUUGAUGUUGAAAUUGCCAACGAGAGCCAACGAGCUGCAGACAUACGAAAGAGUGCCAAUAACAACUGGCAAGAGAUCAAUAAAAGCAAAAGAAAGUUUUACCAAUAUUUCAAAAAAGAUAAUUCAGAUGAACAAUUCAGCGAUCUUAUUUCAUCAGGCUCAGCUGAAGGAGGAGUCAAAAUGACGAAGUUUGGCUUCCAUUUACUAUGUUUAUUGAUUGUUAUUGGUGGAAUUACUCUUUCAGGACCAAUGGUUUGUUCAUCUCCUUAUGAAUUUGAAACGACAAAGAAUAUUUUGUUCUAUGCUUUACCAAUGUUUGGAGCUUCUAUUCCUCCUUUUGUUUAUAUGUUUAUGAAACUAUUAUGUGACGAAGACGAGAAAACUAUUUUCUUUAUUUCUGACAAAAGAAUUUUAAUUUCUGUCAUUGACUUAGUUUUUGUUGGAUUAACAAUUGGACUUCAUUUUUCACCCAAAGUAGUUCCUUUGCAUUUAUUAAUUAGAACACUUCAAGGUUUUGUUGUUGGCAUAAUGUCUUUUGUUUAUCCAAUGACAUUAAGACAAGUUGCAUCAAAGAAGAAAUAUAAGACAUAUUUAGCUGUUUAUUUUGUUUUCUUCGGUUUGGGAAUUUUCUUGUUCAGAACAAUCGGAGUUCAUUGGAUCAAAAUUAUUUGUAUUAUUCCUUUCUUACAAGGUUUAUUGAUCUGGGUCUCUAAUGACAAUAAUUACAAAGAAAUUGAUCUCUCUCGUUAUAUAUUUUAUAAAGAAUCAAAUGAUAUUUAUGUUGUUCAAACAAUAGCUACAUUCAUAGUUCAUGCAUUUAUUGGAUCUAUUACAUUUUGGAUUGGAUUAUAUCGAUUUAAUUAUGAUUAUUUAUCUAUUUUCAAAUAUACAAUAACUUUCAUUUCUCCAUUGAUUGUUUUCACAAUUAUUUUCCGAUUCUUUACAAAUGAAAUAUGGGAAAGAUUUACAAUUUACUAUUAUAUUUUGUCAGACAUUUUGUAUUUUAUUGGAUGCGGAAUUGGUUUAGGAUUGAAAGAUACGAUUGGAUUUUAUCUAAUGGCAGUAGCAAGUGGAUCAGGUCUAUUUUUCCUUUGUUGGGAUCAUUAUUUCAUUCUUAGAAAAGCCAAUCCAGUAUCAACGAUGGCAUUUUCAUGGAGUUUGUUUUGGUUUGUCAAUGGAUUUUCAGCGGUAUUGUAUCUGAUGACAACACCUUUUAUUUGGUUCAUUGUUGGCGCAAGUGUUUUAGGUCUGUAUAUAUUAAGUAUGAUUAUUUGUGUCAUUUUCUACAACGAUCAUUAUAUACUUGAUUUUGAUUUAAGAUCCGAUAACGAAUUCUUUAACACAAUAAUUUAUUGUUUAUCAGCAAUAGCAAUUGGCGCAGCAGUAGUUGGAAAAUGCAACUUGAAAGAUGAUUAUUAUGUUAUGAUAUAUCAUACUGUUCCUCUCUUUGGUGCAGCAUUUGCAUCUCUUAUUACAGUUUUGUUUAAGAUCUGUUUAGAUUAUAAAUAUAUUUUCAUCUUCGAAAAUCGAGAAUUGCAGUUAAUGGUGUUUAACAUCAUUUUUAUUAUUUCAACAGCAAUUGUAGGAUAUCUUGAUAAUCCAAUUAUUGUCUUAGUGUUUAGAGGUAUUGAAGGUAUAGCAAUUGGUUUCUUGGCUUUUCUUUCAUCAAUAAUGAUUUCAGAGCUUCAGAAAGAAUUCUUUAGUUUUUAUUUGGGUAGUUUUGCUGUUGGACUUAGUAUUGGUAAUUGUAUUCUUGAGAAAUGGCCGAUUCUUGCAUUAUUAGCAUCAUCAUUGCAGGCAAUGACCAUUUGCUUUUUGGAGCCAAAUAAAGCCACGGAUUUCGAUUUCGAUUGCGAAUUAUUUACUGGCAAGGAAUAUGAAUGGGCUACUCCUAUUCUUACAACAUUAGAUGCGUUUGUUGGUGUUAUUGGAAUAUUUAUUUAUAACUCAAGAAAUGCUAAAUCAUAUCUUGAUGCUUUUUAUUAUGACAUUGCAUUUUGUGCUGCAGCAAUUAUGAGUAUAGUUAUAUUUUAUUUUAUUUUUAACGAAAAUGAUGGAGAACCAUUAACCUUACUAUAUCAUUAUCUUUCAAUUGUUGUUCUUCUUGUUGGAUUUGUCUUAUAUUAUCUUCAAAUAACUGCAGGAUUAUAUGUAAUAGGUGCUGGAAUUGGUUUUGGUGCAUUUAAUGUUCCAUGGGCUUGUUUCAUAUCAGAUAAUUAUUAUGGACCCUCAUUUAUUUUUGCAUGGGGAUGUUUCUGGAUUGCUAAUGGAAGUGCAGCAUUCCUUUAUCUUAAAGUAAGAUCUGAAACUUGGGCAGUUAUUGGUUGGAUAAGCAUGACUGUACUUGUAGGCAUAGCAGCAUUGGCUGGAUAUGUUUUGUUUACAAAAGCUAUCAGGCAUAAUUGUGCUCUCAACAAUAGUGUAUUCUGGUGUAUUUUCUUAGGAUUAGGAGGAAUUCUUGUUGGAACAAUCAUCGCGCCUGGCAUCUAUGAUGAUGACGAGUAUCAUUAUCCACAAGGUAUAUCACCUGAUUAUAAUAGUAGUGAUUUUUCAAAUUAUUAUUAUAAUCAUUAUUACGAAGAAUACAUUGAGGAUCAUAAAUCCGGUUUUGAGGUUAAUUUCCGAUGGCAAUUUGGCUCUUGGGGAAAGUUCAGUUCGUAUCCUCCGUUAUUCGCCUUGGUUGGAGCCGGAAUAACAAUUUUAAUUGAUAUGUGUGUACUAAGUGAUUUGAGAAUUUUAUUUACAAUAGCAAACUUUGCAUAUAUAUUGUUCACAGGCUUAAUGAUUAUUGGUGGUAUUCCAAUGAUUGUAUUCAAAUAUUUACAAUCGGUUGCCAUAGGAUCUUUUUCAAUCCUAAUUCCACUUAUGAUGAGAUCAGUUGCAUCAUCAGAAGGCUUUUAUCAUGCUAUUAGUUUUUAUUUAUUAAUGAUACCUGUUGGAAUGUUAAUUGUAUCUUAUGUGCAAAUAUAUUAUAUGUAUUUUGUACAUGCAUUGCCAUUAUUUUAUAUUAUUCUAAUAUGGUUCUCAGAUGAAUUCGAUUAUGAAUGUGAUGAUGCAGACGGUAGUGAUGAUCCUACUUAUUUUGAUAUGGCUCUAGCCCUUGCCGCACCAUUUUACAGAGGAUUUUGCUGCAAUUGUUUAUGGGUUUAUCAUUACAAAGGAAUGGGAAAGUUUGUAUCAAUGCUGCAUGUAAUUUUAGGAGUAGUAUUCGCUAUUUUGUACGGCAUGUGUGUUGGUUGUGACUAUUUAGAUUCAACUUGUUAUACUAUUUUCAAAUUUCAAAUGGGACUCCUUUAUUUGGCAGCUGGUAUCGUUGCAGUUAUUUUUAUUGGUGAUAAUUCAGAUAGAACGCCUGCAAUUGCUGUUAUGGCCGCUGCAUACAGCUUUGGAAUCUUUCAAUUACCAUACCUAAGAUCUGCCAAUAAUCAUGAUGCUUUUUCUAUCUCUAUGUUUACAUUAAUGAAUUGGUUUUCAAGCACCAUUUCAUCUGUAAUGUGGUAUUACAUUCCACGUAUAACAAGUAUAAUAGUACUUGUUGGAUGCGUACUAUUCUUCAUUGCAAGAUUUAUAAGAUGGAUUUGUCAUUAA